UUUUCACCCCACAGCUGGUCACCUUCAUUGCAUUUGAAUCUCGAAUUUGUGACAAGAUUUGUCGUUUUUAUCAAAUCUGCCCGCUUGAGACACUCUCCACUAACUCACAAACUCAAAUCUACUCAUGACUCAAACCCCAAAAAUGGCGCCGCAGCUGGCUUUCCUGGGAAUGGGUGCUUUGGGAAAACCAAUAAGCAAGAACCUGGUACUUAACGGCAAGCUCGAGAAAUCGCUCAUUCUAUGGAACCGAACCUCAAGUCGUGCCUAUGAGCAUAGUGCACAGAUUGGGAACUCAGUUGUCGCUGAGACCAUCAAGGAUGCAGUCUCCAUGUCAGACAUUGUGUGGUCUUGUCUUGCGGAUCAAGAUGCCGUAUUUGAGACAUUCGAGAUAAUCCUCAAGGAAGACAUCAAGGGGAAGUUAUUCGUGGAAUGUUCGACUAUGGCCAUUGAAGCAACGAAUGAUCUUGCACGAAGAGUAGUUGAUUCUGGAGGGGAGUUUGUUGCCAUGCCAGUAUUUGGAGAACCAGGCAUGGCGAAUCGCGCCAUGUUAACUUGUAUACCGGCAGGCGCUGCGGAGUCUGUUCAGAAAGUCGUGCCGUAUGUUGUGGGAAUCAUAGGUAGAUCCAUCGUCGACUUGAGUGGGCAAUCACCAGGAAGUGCUUCUCAUGCAAAGAUUGUCGGCACUGUGAUGGUCGUUCAAAUGAUUGAAAGUGUCUCAGAGGCCCACGUGCUUGCUGAGAAGAGCGGGCUACCUGCAGAAAGUCUACACAAAGUUAUCAACGCAGUGUUCGGUGGCCCUUUCUCGGUGUACUCCAAUCGAAUGAUGUCUGGAAGCUAUUUUCGAGAGCCGGUUAUAGCAAUCGGAACGGCUAGAACUGCUGUCGAGCAUGUUGCAGAACUCACUCAGCAGUCUAGCAUCCAAUUGGGUGCAUUCAAGGUUGCUUCAAUGCACAUGGAAAUGGUUGAGAAGUAUGCUGGUGCUAAAGGAGAUAUUGCUGGUAUUUAUGGGGCAGUUAGAAUGGAGAGUGGCUUGAAAUUCGAAAAUUGAGUUUGUGACAAAGACAAAUCUUGAAGGCGAAUUAGGUGAGGGGAAAUUGAUUUGUGGUUCAAUGGCCUGCACGAAGUAAUCUUACUUGUUCUCCCACUACGAAGAUCACGGCAUAAAGUGACGGGAUUACAGGGCAUUUGUGCUUUACAGCACUUCGGUGUCUUUUUUAGUGUACUCG